GGCGCGGUGUGCAGCGGCGGCGGUUCCCCUCACACACACACACACACGCGCGAACGAGAUGAAGAGGCGGCUCUGUCGACGUUGAGGCGCCGACCGACCGACCGACCGCAGAUCCGAGCGGAGAUGGGGGACGGCGGGCAGGAUAUCAACGCCAACCCGCUGAAAGGCGACGUCCACGAUGGCGACCAGGAGCUGGAGCGGGCGCUCGACCGGUGGUUGCUGUGGGAUCAGAAUCCCAAGACUAAAGCUGAGAUUGAGAAGCUCCAUCACGAUGGGAAGAAGAAGGAACUGCGUGAUCGCCUGUGUUACAGAAUGACGUUUGGCACGGCGGGGCUGCGAUCCUCCAUGGGUGCAGGCUUCUCCUGCAUUAACGACUUGACCAUCAUACAGUCCACUCAGGGUUUAUUGAAAUACCUCGAGAGGUGCUUCUCGGACCUGGAGCAGAGGGGUGUAGUGAUUGGAUAUGAUACCCGUGGUCAGGAGAAGAGCAGGUGUAGCAGUAUGAGGCUUGCCCAAUUGACAGCUGCAGUAUUCCUUGGCAAGGAUAUACCCGUGUAUUUGUUUUCUACGUAUGUGCCAACUCCAUUUGUGCCCUAUGCUGUUCGGCAGCUUCAUGUUGCAGCUGGUGUGAUGAUUACUGCAUCACAUAAUCCCAAGGAAGACAAUGGAUAUAAGGUGUAUUGGGAAAAUGGCGCACAGCUUGGUGCUCCUCAUGAUAAGAGAAUCCUGCAGUGUAUUGAGGAAAACCUGGAGCCUUGGCAGGAGUCCUGGAACGGCAACUUGUCUGAUGUCAGCCCCUUGCGGCAGGAUCCUCUGAAUGAAAUCUCUGCACUUUACAUGGAAGAUCUGAAAAAGCUGUGCUUUCACAGAGAACUCAACAGCAAGACGUCAGUCAAGUUUGUGCACACUUCCUUCCACGGCGUUGGGCACGACUAUGUGCAGGCGGCGUUCAAGGCGUUUGGCUUCGCUCCACCCAUUCCAGUUCUGGAGCAGAAGGAUCCAGACCCCGAGUUUUCCACUGUCAAAUGUCCCAAUCCAGAGGAGGGCGAAUGUGUGCUGGUUCUUGCAAUCAAGUUGGCUGAGAAGGAAGGGGCUCGGGUUGUGUUGGCCACAGAUCCCGAUGCCGACAGACUGGCUGUUGCAGAAGAGCAAGAGGAUGGCAGAUGGAAGGUGUUUUCUGGCAACGAGCUGGGGGCUCUCCUGGGCUGGUGGAUGUUUAGCUGCUGGAGGAGUGAGCACCCCGACCUCUCUGACGUGAAGAACGUCUACAUGCUGGCCACAACCGUCUCCUCCAAAGUGCUGCAGGCCCUCGCCGUUCAUGAAGGCUUCCACUUUGAGGAAACUCUGCCUGGGUUCAAGUGGAUUGGAAACCGAAUCGACGAGUUGCUUCAGAGCGGGAAAGAAGUGUUGUUCGCAUUUGAGGAAUCCAUUGGCUUCAUGUGCGGCACGCUGAUGUUUGACAAGGAUGGGGUGAGUGCAGCAGUGGUGGUGGCCGAGAUGGCGGCGUAUCUGGAGACCAGAAACCUCACCAUAGUCCAGCAGUUGAAUAACAUUUACAGAACGUAUGGUCAUCACAUCUCCAGAACCUCUUACUUUAAAUGCUACGACCCUGCUACAAUUAAGAAAAUCUUUGAACGGCUCCGGAACUAUGAGACGGAAAGUCAGUACCCUUGCUCCUGUGGCUCAUUUGAAAUUUUGCACAUCAGGGAUGUAACCACUGGAUUUGACAGCAGCCAACCCAAUAAUAAGUCGGUGCUGCCGGUGAGCAGGAGCAGCCAGAUGAUCACCUUCACCUUCCUCAACGGGUGUGUGUCCACACUGAGAGCCAGCGGCACUGAGCCCAAGAUCAAAUACUACGCCGAGUUCUGCGCCCCGCCAGGUCAGAGUGACACGGCCCACCUGGAGGAAGAGCUGAACAAAUUGAUCGAUGCGCUGGUCAAACACUUCCUCGAGCCGGAGAAGAACGGCCUGAUCGCCCGCGUUUAAAGAUGCUCCUGCCGUAACCAGAGCGUGUGUGGCGUUGGAGCGAGAGAGAGAGUGAGAGAGCGAGAGAGAGAGAGAGAGAGCGCGCGAGAGAGAGAGAGAGAGAGAGAGAGCGAGAGAGAGCCUGUGGGGAAUGCCAGCAGACCUGUGUGCUCUGAAGCAGAGAUGAAGAGGGCGAUACACUGCCGAUGCUGUGUGCGUGUCAGCUCUGUCCCCAGGGUGAGGAGGGUGAACAAUGAGCCCGGCUUUAAUCCAGAGUAGAUGUAUGGCCCGUUUGCUAGGAAGUUCUUGUCACUCGCUCCCUGCCUCUGGUGUCUCCUACUGCGGUGCGGGACAUUUAUUCACUGGAUCCUGCUGCAUUUGUCUGAUGUAAACACCUCUGCAAACAGAAUCCUCCCGUGCUGCAGGCUAAUGUUGGAGGCACGGGGAACUGCAGGUGCUGGAAUAUCUUGCAUAGAACGCAAAGUGCUGGCGUUAGCUUAGCGGGUCAGGCAGCAUCUGUGGAGGACAGGGUUAGGUGACACUGGGGGUCUUCAGAUGCGAAAGGGUCCCGGAGGUGAAACAUGGCCCAUUCUUGUCCUCCAUGGAUUCUGCCUGAGCCACUGAGUUACUCCCAACGCAUUGCGUUCCCAUCAGUGUUCUGUGUUGUGGGGACUUGGUCAGCACGUGCCAGGGACCUGUCCGGGGCUGUACAGGUGUGCUGGUAUGCAAGAGUACAGAUGUGCAGGCAUACAGAUGUGCAAGUGUACAGAUGUGCAGGCGCGCAGGCAUACAGGUAUGCAGGCAUACAGGUUUGGUUUCUCCUCCCUCUCUGCUCAAAUAUUUCCUGCACAUUAACACCCAGGGAUGCUGCUCAACACGCCGAGUUUCUCCAGCCGUUUGUUUGUUGCCCUGCAUGCCAGUUUUUGUGGAGUCUUUUGGCGUAACUGAAUGGGGGUGGAGAGAGACUCGCGGCGAAACAACUCGCCAGCCCUCCCCAACUGCAGAGGUCACAGGCCCAGCCUCUUGUCACCUUAGACAGACACGAAAUGCUGGAGUAACUCAGCGGGAUAGGCAGCAUCUGCGGAAAGAAGGAAUGAGUGACACUUCGGGUCGAGACCCUUCUUCAGUCUGAAGACAUCUCAGUCCUUCUCUCCAGAGAUGCUGCCUGUCCUGCUGUGUUCCUCUAGCAUUUUGUGUCUGUCUAUGGUUUAAACCAGCAUCUGCAGUUCCUGGCUCCCGUUCAUCCCACUGCUACAGACGGGCUUCUGUGCAAGGGUAGUGGUGAUGGUGGGAGUGAUGGAACCCUCCAGCCAGUCGCUCUGGCAUAUACACAGUCGGCCCUCUCGCCCCUUGGAUCACCAAAGAUCGCCCAGACAGGCGUUACACUUUACCGAUGCUCUGCCAUCGACCUGUGGCGGCAGUGUGGAGACAGGGAGCCAGGGGCUUGUGUGCGUGCGUGACCUGUGCUAGAGUGAUCCAUGCACAGGUGUGUGUUUGCCUGUCUGAAUGAGCGUGUGUGAGAGAGCAUGCACCUGUGUGUGUGUGUGUGUGUGUGUGUGUGUUUGAACGCACAUCUGUGUGUUAGAGUGUGUGCACGCGUGUGUGUGCGCACUAGUGUUUGUGUACAAGCUUGUUUGUGUGCACACGCUUGUGUGCGAGCACUACUUCAAGUAUUAUUGCUGGCAGGAGUGACUGCAGCAGAGACCGGUGAAGACUCUGACAACGACCCUGCAUUGUCUUGUCCCUGUCUGAUCAUUUGAGGCUGAAGCAUUUUGCCAAAGGUUUAAGAGGAUAUAUUUAGUGUAUUUAUUGCAUUUGGAUAAACUGUAAGUCUUAAUUUGCACUUGAAAACUUUUAUUUUAGUAUCUGCAGAACUGAGAUGUGAUUAUUUUGUGCUUUAAUUCAGUAAACUAUAGUCUCCUUUAUUUAUGAAGAGAGCAGCAUUGCUGUGGUCUGGGCAGUGGUGACUCUGGAUCCUAGUCUGUGCUGUAUGAGCUGACUGCAGCCAGUUUAGCUGCGGCAAUCUAGCUGAUGAAAGGUCUUCGUUUCCCUCCAGAUGCUGACUGACCCGUAAGUAUUUCCGGAAUUUUCUUUUGUGUUUUUAGCUCAGAUAUCCAUAGUAUUAUGAAGAAGAUAGACACAAAAUGCUGGAGUAACUCAGCGGGCCAGGCAACAUCUCUGGAGAGAAGGAACGGGUGAUGUUUCGGGUCGAGACCCUUCUUCAGACUGAGCUCAAGCAGACGCAAUGUGUAGGAAGGAACUGCAGAUGCUGGUUUACACCGAAGAUAGUCACAAAAUAUUAGAGUAACUCAGCGGGACAGGCGGCAUCUCUGGAGAGAAGGAAUGGGUGACGUCUCUGAAGAAUGGUCUCCACCCAAAAUGUCACCCAUCUCUUCUCUGCAGAGAUGCUGCCUGUCCCGUUGAGUUACUCCAGCACUUUGUGUCGGUGUAAACCAGCAUCUGCAGUUCUUUCCUACACAUUAAUUCUCUUCCCCCUCACCAAUCCCAGGAAUUAUUCCUCUUUUCCAUUAUUCCCAGGAAUCAACGUUCUCCCUUACCAUCCCCAGAACUCAGAACCCCUUUGAACCAAAUGUGUUGGGAAAGGAACUGCAGACGCCGGUUUAAACAAGCCAAAGACAGACACAAAAUGCUGCCGUAACUCAGCGGGACAAGCAACAUAUCUGGAGAGAGGAAUGGGUGAUGUUUCAUGUCGAGAUCCUUCUAGAAGAGGGUCUCAGUCGGAAGAAGGGUCUCGAACUAAAAAGGUCGCCCAUUCCUUGCUGUCUGUCCCACUGAGUUACUCCAGCAUUUUGUGUCUAUCCAGGAUCUAUCACUUUGCCAGCACCAACAGUGCUCCCCAGUUCCCUAAAAUCCAUCCAUCCCGUGUGAGAGGCCUUCAGUCCUUCAUCGGUGCCUGGGGUUCUGGACAGAUCAUGUGAUAGGAGUGGAAUUAUGCCAUUCGGCCCAUCAAGUCUACUCCGCCAUACAAUCAUGGCUGAUCCUCCUAACCCCAUUCUCCUGCCUUCUCUCCAUAACCUCUGGCACCCGUACUAAUCAAGAAUCUAUCUAUCUCUGCAUUGAAAAUAUCCACUGACUUGGCCUCCACAGCCGUCUGUGGCAAAGAAUUCCACAGAUUCACCACCCGGUGAGUAAAGAAAUUCCUCCUCAUCUCAUUUCCUGACAGUUGUGACUCCUCCCACAAACGUGGCCCAAAGCUUUGUUGGCAUCUUCAGGACUGUUUCAUCACUGGUCCAACCGGGGCAAGGUUACUUUUAACAAGCUGUGUACCGCAUGUUAAAAAUAACGCCACGCUAAAAGUUAGAUGGUCGAAAUGGGAUUCAUCCCUCACCAAAACAAUCACUGAACCAGGGUCAUUUUUAAUUUGGCACAUCCUGACCCUGUGUGUUGUAGAAUAUGGUCACAAAAUGCUGGAGUAACUCAGCGGGGCAGGCAGACACCAUCUCUGGAGAAGAUGUAUAGGUGACUUUUCUGGUCAGGACCCUUCUCCAGAGAUGCUGACUGGCCCGCUGAGUUAGUCCAGUACUUUGGUCCGGUUUAUCUUUGGUAUAAACCAGCAUCUGCAGUUUGUUGCUCCUACCAGCGUGUUGUGUGUUCCUGCCCUUCACUCCAAGAGCAUCCUCAAUGGCAGCAACAUGCACUCGUUCAUCGGUCAACCUACAUUUCAGACUCUCUCUGCUGGUGGAAUCCUCCACGUUAACGCCGGCAUAUUCCAACAAGAGAAGCAAGCCCUCGCUCCCCAGUCGAAACCCCUUCAACUGCCAUGCGAUUGUGAUGUGAAUUUGUACGCCCCAUUUUUGGCACAGCUUGUCCUCCCCAUCACCCCUUGAGUAUUACCUUCUACAGGGAAAUAUAACAAAACAUUUUCACAGAAUUCAUCAUUUAUUGAGUUUUAACUAAGUACUUUUGCAAUUUAAAAAAAAAAAACAACGAGUGUAUGAAAGCAAGGAAGUUGAAACCUCCCACAAACAUCAUCAGCAUCUGGUGGGCU